AUGAUAUUAUGUGAAAGUAGGAGAAGAUAAAGAAGGAAUGGAGUUCAUGCUGAAUCUGAGCAAGAAUACAUAUAAAAAUUGGCCAAAGAAGACCAAAGUCGAUAAAUGUCUUUGGAACACUAGUAGCCUUUCCCAUAACUUGAAGGAUUCAUUAUAAACUAAGAUUUUUCAUUUGAUCCAUUUCAUUCCGAGCCCAUCAUUCUUCUUGAAAAGAUCACUAUAUAUAAAUCUCACUUUCUAUUGUUGAUUUGUGAAGAUUUUUCUAUGAAUAUAAAAAAGUUGUAGUCUAUUUUAGAUUCCUCAGAAAUGUCAGAUAAUCUCACUGAGAGCACUACCGAAGAGUAAACAUACUCAGGCUAAUUAGUUUUUAAAUAAGAUUGCUAUGUUCACACUCUUACUUUUGGAAAUAUAAUUCAUAAAUUCCACAUAUGGAUACUCAACCACUUAAACCCUUUAGAAAUUUUUAAAGAAUUGUAUUAUCCUUUAUUCAAUGCGUUCGUCAUUGUUACUAAUGAAGGACACAGCAGCAAAUAAAAUUUAUUUUAGGCAGAAUUUACAAGAAUGCGCUAAUUUAAUUAAGCAGUUAAAUGUCAUACUAUUUCAGAUUCCGAUGAUUUAUUAUUGGAAAAAUAAAAUAGUUUAUUAAGCAUAUUAAAAUCUUUAAUUGAAUGA